CCCCAUGCCUCCUCCAGGUGCCAGCCAUGGUGAAGAACAUCCACCAGAGUCUCAUGUCCCACGUCACUGUGGAUGCCAGGCUGCACAGCGACAUUGUGAGGCUGGCUGAGGAACACCCUGCAGACGUGGCGCUGACCCUCCUGCACUGUGCCCCAACGUGUGACAGAGCUGCUGCAAUGAUGUGGAGAGCCAUAGGCACAUCAGGACCAGCAAUGGAGAAGGUGCUGGCAACACUGCUCUGUGUGAUGGAGCAUUGGCCUGUGCACAGCACAUGCACCUCCGAUGGGGACAACAAGGACGUUUUUGCCCUGGCUGCAACUCUGGUGAUCUGGGUCAUUGUGCCUAAAUGCCAGGAGGCCAUGAUCCUUCAUUCCUCCCGCCUGUUUGUGGCUCUGCUCUUCCAUGUUGUCAUCACCACCCAGCAGAUGCCACCAGAGGAAGUUGAAAACUUCUGGAGAGCGUGCCAGGAGGAACACCACCUUCCCAGCAAGCCCAACAGGUUUGCAGUGCAGGCCAUGAAGGCUCUGCUCUGCCGACUGGAGUGUGACCAGGAGGUGAUGGAUAUGGAGCGUAAGUGUGGCUGGGACACGCUGCUGUGUGCUCACACCCAGCACUAUGCUGUGGGUCUGCUGGCCAGAGAGAUGCGCCGUGUCUCCCUCUCCUUGUGUUCUGGGAUUGCUCUCCGUCUGCUUGGGCUGCUCAGCAGGGAGGAGCCACGCUGGGAUCUGCCCGGCCUAGCGUUCCUUGUGGAGGUCCUCGAGUGCCUGGACUUGAGGGAGUGUGCUGACAGCAUCCUGGAGAUCAUGUCAAGGCACCUGAGGAAUGAGUGCAGGGAGAGGCGUCGCCUGGCACUCAGAGGCCUCGUGGUGCUCAGCAAGGAUCCCUCGAUGGGCUUCAGCAGCUGA